CUUCCCGGCGGGCGGGAGCGGCGGGCCUGGCCAUGAUCCCCGGGAAAUACCGCACCGGCCCCGGCCGGGCCCCGACGAGCAACGUGAAUUGCGGGCUGCACCUGGUGAUCCAGACGUCAUCACUACCGGAGAGAAACAAACCGUUCGAAUUCAGACUCAACAAGGACCCGUCGUCCUUCCACAGCCGCCUUCUGCAGCACGACCUCGAAAAGAGCUCCUCCAGCAGACAAGGCGACCAUGUCCAUUUUGGGAGCUCGUCGGUGCAGUCCUUUCCCACCCUCCAGCGCUCUUCCGAGGAUAAAAUGGUCCACUCGGACAGGCUGUCUUUGGAAAGGCAGAAGCUGACUGCCUGCCCAGUCAUCGACGGGGAUGAAAACCUCCGCCUGCUGAACUUCCAGCACAACUUCAUCACGCGGAUCCAGAAUCUUUCCAACCUCCAGCGCCUCAUCUCCCUGGAUCUGUACGACAACCAGAUCGAGGAGAUCAGCGGGCUGUCCACCCUGAGGUCACUACGGGUCCUCCUGCUAGGGAAGAACAGAAUCAAGAAAAUUUCCAGUUUGGAGAGUCUGACCAGCCUGGACGUCCUGGAUCUGCAUGGAAACCAGAUCAGUAAAAUCGAAAACGUCAAUCACCUGAGAGACCUUCGAGUUUUAAACCUCGCCCGGAACCUUUUGAAUCGGGUGGAAAAUCUCAACGGGCUGGAUUCACUGACCGAACUCAACCUGCGACACAACCACAUCACCUCUGUGAACGAUGUGGACUCCUUGCCCUGCCUCCAGCGACUCUUCCUCAGCUUCAACGGCAUAUCCAGCUUUGAAGACAUCCUGUGCCUGUCGGACUCCUCGUCCCUCUCGGACGUCACCCUCGAUGGCAACCCGAUAGCCCAAGAGCCAUGGUACAAGCACACUGUCCUCCGGCAUCUCCUACAGCUCCGCCAGCUAGACAUGAAGAGAAUCACGGAAGAAGAGAGGCGUCUGGCUUCUGUGGCCGCGAGAAAAGAGGAAGAAAAGAAGCGGGAAACUCACAAGCAAACCUUGCUAAAGGAGAAGAGACGGUUAACGAUCUGCCACGUGGCCCGCCAGUGGGACAUUCAGCAGCAGCGAUCCACCGGCGACCCCCCUCCCGACCCCAAUGGCAAGUGCCCAGCCCCGCAAGAGCCUGGCCCCGGGGAGGGCAGCGCCGCCCACCCCGACCCGGAGGAGGCCGACUCCCUGGAUCCGGGGUUGGCAGGGACGCGCCCGGUCCUGCCUGUCCUGGAGGACCACCUGGUGGAGCUGGACGCCGACACGCUCUCCCUAUACGGGGCUGGGGCCCUGGAGUGCCUGGACCGGACCUGGAGUGGGCUGACCUCCGGGGCCGUCUCCACCGUCUCCUUCUCCUUCGUGGAGUUCGAUGAUAUCGUCCAGGUGCUCCCCAAGUUGAAGAUGAAGUUCCCCAAUUGCCUGCACCUCAAGUUCAAGGAGACCAACCUGGUCAUGUUGCAACAGUUCAACGCCCUGGCUCAGCUUCGGCGCCUUGACCAGCUGACCGUUGACCCUCAGGGGAACCCCGUGGUCAGCUUCACCCUCUGGAAGUACUACGUGUUGUUCAGACUGAACCACUUUAGCCUGCAGAAAAUCAACGGCACCGAGGUGACGCAGAAUGACAUGAUCAUGGCCGAGCGGCUCUUUGGGAUCCUGGCCCACGUGGCCUCUUCGGAGCUGCCCCAGUUCCGGCUGCUUUCACUGCUGGGUGAAGUCAGGAGGAAGCAACUCUGCUCGCUGCUGGAGGGGAAAGGAAAGAAAUCCGGCGGCGGGGUCAGCAGCGAAGAAAGUCCAGAUGGUAGGAGGCAGGGAGCGGAGAAUCCCAAUCGAGCUACUCUGAAUUACACCGGCAGAGACCUAUAUUCGGACAAACUGGAGGAAGUCCAGGAGAAGAAGCAGUUCUGCCGGAGCUACGUCCAGGCCCUGGUGGCCGAGGCCACUGACAUCAGCCUGAAGAGGGAGGCCCUGCAGAGGCUGUGGCCUCAGCUGUUCAUCGAGCUGGUCCGGGACGCCGUGCUGGACAUGCGCCCACGGAGGUCUUACACACCUCACCGCUGCCCGCAGAGGGUCACGGCCCCCCAAAUAGCUGGGCCUGCCUGGGUGGAGGAGAACGGCCACGUCCACCCCCGGGAACCUUCCCAGAAAAGGUCCUGGGAUGUGAGGCCAGAAGUGUCUCGGAGCAGCGGUGAACCCAUGGGGGUGUGAGGGUCCUUGAGGCCUGAGCUGGGGCCGGGGUGACACCGGGGUGUUCUCCAAGGUCGGCUCUCGGUCCUCAUCAUCUCUGGUUUCCCUUCCGUGCCCCAGCUCCCAUGUAGUUCUGCCACACCAUUGCCACAUGCUCCCGCUGCCCCACGUCCCGUGCUCCCGCCAUCCCUCAUCCUGUGCUCCCGCCACCCCCCAUCCUGCCGCCCCCACAUCCCGUGGCCAACCAUCCUGUCCUCCAGCAGCCCCACAUCCCGUGCUCCAGCCAUCCCGUGCUCCCGGAGCGGAGGGAGCAGCAGACAAUAAAGGAUUCCAGCAUUUUUCCCUGA